AUGGAGUAUCUCUUGGUCAUCGUCGCACUACUUGUAGCUUCAUUUAUCUUUAUCUUCUCCUCCUACUUCCGUCGCAAAAUUUCCAACCUUUCGCUUCCGCCGACUGUCUUUCCAACCCUCCCGGUAAUCGGCCACCUCCACCUUUUGAAGAAACCCCUGUACAGGACAUUGGCCACAAUCUCCGCCAAACACGGCCAAAUCCUGCUCAUCCGCUUUGGAUCCCGCCGCGUUCUACUGGUGUCCUCCCCAACCGCCGCCGAAGAAUGUUUCACUAAGAACGACGUCAUCUUCGCCAACCGCCCUCGCUUUCUCGCUGGCAAAAUUCUUGGCGACAAUUACACCAGCAUAGGUUGGGCACCAUACGGCGACCACUGGCGCAACCUUCGCCGGAUCUCCUCCAUCGAGAUCUUCUCCCCUCAUCGGCUUAACGAGUUCCAUGACAUACGCGCUGAUGAAGGAAGACUUCUGAUACGUAAGCUGAUCUCUGAAUGUUCUUCGCCGGUAAACUUCAAGUCGGUUUUGCAGGAGAUGACGCUGAACGUGUUGAUGAGGAUGAUAUCCGGGAAGAGAUAUUUCGGCGGAGAUAUGAAGGAGGAAGGCAAACAGUUCCAGGAGAUAAUUAAGGAGGCUGUUCUGCUGUCGGAUACUUCGAAUUUAGGGGAUCACAUGCCCAUCAUGAGAUGGUUUGGAAUGAAAGGGCUGGAACGGAAGAUGAUUACAUUGCAGAGAAAGAGAGAUACCUUCCUUCAAGGGUUGAUCGAGCAACAUCGAACAGUGGAUGGGAUUGAACCCAAAAACAAGAAGAAGAACACAAUGAUUGAAGUUCUAUUGCAGCUACAAAAAUCUGAUCCGGAUAACUACACUGAUAAAGUUAUUAGAAGCUUUGUGCUGAAUCUGUUAUCAGCUGGAACUGAUACUUCUGGCACGACUAUGGAAUGGGCUCUUUCCCUUUUGCUCAACCAUCCACAUGUUAUAAAGAAGGCACAAAAUGAAAUCGAUAGUCAUCUGGGGAAAAACCGUCUUGUGGAGUGA